CUUUGGGAGAAGCAGAGUGUGGAGCACAUUAGACGGGUUCUUCACCCAGCCAGCUCUCAGCUGCUUUAACUUGGCACCCUUCUUCCUCUCUCUCUGUUUUUUGAUCUGGAUUCAGUUGAUUUGGAGGAAUUCUCUACCAGGGCCGUUUCUUCCAUUCAUUGGAGUUAAAAAGCCCAGAAGAACACACACAGCAGCAGACAAGCCAGAGGAUGUGGUUGAACUGAACAUGCAAAGCAACAUAUUUUGCCCAUGACUUCAGAGCUGGAGGAAGUCCACACAGAGCAGAGUGCUAGAUAAGAGCUGGCGCUUGUCACCUUCCCCUGGGGCAAGACUGACACCUCUUAGUUUCAGUUAUUAUCACCUCCAUUCUCGGAACCCUCAGACCUCCACUAACCUCCAAAACUUUCCCGGUGUCUCCUGCCUGCUAUGAGAGUGUCCGCCAGCUGUUGCUGAGUGUGUUCACAUCUUGUUCCACCGAGCUCGCCGGGAGAGGACUGUCACCUUCAGCACCUGUUACAAUGGGCUGUGGUCUUAAUAAAUUGGAGAAAUUUGAUGAAAAACGACCUGGAAACAUUUAUUCUACUCUAAAACGACCAUAUGUUGAAACCAAGAUUGACGUGUCCUAUGAGUAUCGUUAUGUAGAUGUCACAACACUCAGCCAAGCUGAAGCUCCAGGUUCAAGUGCGGUCCGGCUUUCCUCCCUGCGUGAUCUACCAGCGCAGCUCCAGGACCUCUACCAGCAGGGAUUUACAGUGGCAGCAAUUCAUCCUUUUGUUCAAUCCAGCGAUGGGAAAGAGAGAAUUCCCCAGGAGCAGAUAUUCCGAGUAGUACUCAUAAAGAAAACUGAAAGAAACUCAAAUGAUCUGAAUCCUGAAGAAUACAGUCUGGAAGUAGAACCGUGUUUGUCCCUCGAUCAGUUCACAGACCAAAAGCUGAUUCCCGACCUAGUGAAGAGAAUUGAAGAUGCAGCCAGUCAAGGGUCGAAGUUUGCCGGGAUCGUACAGUCAGACUGCAUUCCACAAACCACAACUCAUAGUCCUGAUAGUCUGAGUCACUGCAGCUCUCCCGAAUGUACUGUCAAAAAAGAGUGCAGUGUUGAGUAUAACACAUUUGUUGGAAAAGAAAAGUCUGAUAGUUGCGAAGGGAGCAUGUUUACAGCAAUAAAUAAUGAAAAUGGUGAACCCUCCAAAGUACCAACACAGGAUGGACUUGAUACCGAACAACCAAAUCUAGAUUCAGCAACCACAGAUGAAGGAGACCAAAUGAUAAGCCUUACUUUGAGUAACUCAAAUGAAGAUGUCUUUAUUCAUGAUAAGAUAACAACAACAACAGACUCUACUCUGCCUGAGGACUCCCAUUUUAAAAGAAGUGAGAUUUUGGCAUUUUUUAACAAGCCAAAGACCCAACAAAAAUACAGAAAGUAUUACACCGUUAACAUCCCAAUGAAAAUCUCCAAAGAAGGAAAUACUAUCAAUGGAUUGGAAGCAAACUGGCUGGAACACAUGACAGACCAUUUCAGAAAAGGAUGCUCACUUGUGAAUGCCGUAUAUUAUCUAGGAACGGUAAAUGAUAACUCACCAGAUUAUACAGAUGGUGUAUUUUUCUUCGAAGACUAUCCAGAACAAGAUUCCAGAGCUGUGAAGCGUUAUGAUGCCAUUGUGGUAGAACAAUGGACUAUACUGCAAGGCUUGGAAGUCCAUACUGACUAUACAGCACUCCUGGAUUCCUUGGCUAUGCAUGGCUGGCAACUAACAUGUGUCCUCUCAACCCCUAUUGUAAAAACAAACCGGGAUGGGAAUGUCACUACCAAGCAGAUAGUGUUUCUGCAGAGACCAGCACUGCCUCAUAAGAUGAAGAAAAAAGAACCAAAGUUUCAGUGGAGGUUUUCCAAAGAUGAAAAGCACAGCAAGCACUCUAAGAAAUUGAAGGGGAAGACAAAUUCCAAAGACAACCAGUACUCAGAUGGUAAAAAAGAAUCGGACAAAAACAGGAAAAAUGAGGAGCUGCCGAAAAUCAAUGAAACAGUUGAUGAUAACAUCUACGUAGACCAGCAGAGUGAUGGGGGCACACACAUCAAAACUGAUGGUCUGAUUGAGGAAGUAAUAGCUCCACCAAAAAAUGAUGACGUUGAAGUCGAACGAGAAUCUCUCGAUACAAAGGUUGACAGUGCAUUGUUGCACGGGGAAGAUUUGACAGAAGAUUUAAAGGAAGUGAACUUAGGAUACACUGAACAGACCCAGAGUCUUAUUGAAGAAAUCAUUGGUGAUGAUGUUGUAAAUGGAGAAAAGGAAACAGAUGUCACCCUCGACAAAGUUGAGAAUGACAGGGAUAUUUGCCCAGUAGAGUGUGGUGAAAAUUAAUGUGAUGGUCAGUCUGGCCUUCUAAGGGACUAAAUGAGCACUUUUACACUGACUGAUGACCUGAGGAAAUGUAUUUCAUUAUGUUGUCUUUGACAUACAAUCACAGUUGUGUUAGGAGCACUAUGUGGUUGAAUAUAUAUGUGUGUGUGUAUAUACAAGUAUGUAUACACACACACACCUAUAUACAUACACAUACACACACAGACAUGGUUAACCAGUAAAGCUAUAUACAGUAUAUGUAUACACAUUUCUACAUCUAUUAAAGACACACACAAACACUCACAUAUGUGUGUGUAUGUAUGUGUAUAUAUAUAUAUACACA